AUGAUGAACCCAGUAAAGUUAUUUAACUAUUACUUUCUAUCAGAAAAACCUCCUGGCUCAACUAUCUCUGAUUUGAAUUUAAAUUUUAAUCCCAAGACAACCUUUAGCAAUCUCAAAAAUUACAAAUUCAAAUUCAAUGAUUUUCUUCAUUUCACUUUUUUAUCCAUAGUAUUAGUCUUCUCUUUUUUUGUCUUGCCUGUCAAUUUCUUUUUGAAAUUUUGUUUCUUCUUUCUUGUAUGCUGUUUAUUCUUCUUGCCCCCAAUUCUUAACCAGUUUUUCUUACCUGCUUUGCCUGUUUUGACGUGGGUUUUUUUAUUCUUUAUUUGUGGAAAGAUUCCCAACCAAUAUAGACCUCCAAUCAGUGUCAAAAUUCUACCUUCAAUUGAAACCAUUUUUUAUGGUGAUAACUUGAGCGAUGUCCUAGCCUCAAAAACUUACAAAGUCUUAGACUUAUUGGCCUGGUUGCCUUAUGGUAUCUUGCAUUUUAGUAUUCCAUUUGUUAUUGCUGCUUUAGUCUUUAUCUUUGGUCCUCCAACUGCUGUCAAUUCUUUUGCCUUUGCCUUUGGUUAUAUGAAUCUAUUUGGCGUUUUAAUUCAAAUCUUGUUUCCAGCUGCUCCACCAUGGUAUAAAUUGAUCAACGGCUUGAAUCCUGCAAAUUACUCAAUGAAUGGUAACCCAGGUGGUUUGCAAAGAAUCGAUCAGAUUUUGGGUAUUGAUAUGUACACUUCAACCUUCACCAAUGCUCCUGUUCCAUUUGGUGCUUUUCCUUCUCUACAUUCAGGUUGUGCAACUAUGAAUGCCCUCUUUUUAUCAUACAUCUUCCCACGUUUUAAACCUCUUUGGUUAUCCUAUCUCUGCUGGCUUUGGUGGUCCACGAUGUACUUGACUCACCAUUACUUUGUAGAUUUGAUGGCAGGCUCGGUUUUAUCCUAUGUCAUUUUUACUUAUACAAAAUAUAAAAUGUUACCAACCAUUGAUAACUCUUGUUUUUGCCGUUGGUCUUACACAGAACUAAACUACAUCAAUAUCUCCCACUCUGAUCCUUUAUCAAUUAAU